CGGUUUUCCGUCUCCGGUGCGCGAGAUCGUCUAAUUUUCGUCUGCGGGGCGACGUCCGCGGAAAUAAAAUAAAGGUAGAUAUAUAUAAAUACGCGUAAUAAUCUUUUUUUUUUUUUUUUUAUAAAUAUAAACGAUUUCGGAAACCGGCAGGAAAACACCGUCGGACCACGUUUGUAAAAUUGGAAAACCGCUCGUGAAUGACAGUCCACAUUAGUCCGGUCAGAAUAUUAUUAUUAUAGUACCUGCAGCAGUCGCUCGUGCAGACGCGUACAGUGCGCUACGCGUUUAUCGGCAAAAAUGGAGGAACCAGGUCGGUACAAAAAUAAAAAAAAAUAGUAUAAUAUAUUUAUAGUUUUCAUUAUGAUCAUUGUGUUUCGAUAUUUUUUAUAUUCACGCAAAAACGUAAAAAUUACAUUUUAAUCGUUAUUUAGAUGAUUGUUUUUGUAAUUUUUUGUAGACAAUCUAAAUCAAGAACUUCUGUUUUUACAACCGGUAUAUUAUUUUAACCUCGAAAAUCGAUUUCCAAAGGAUUAGCUUUUAAGUUUGAUCGUCGCCGUGGAGAUGAUAAAAUAGGAAAUUUACGAGUUUUUUUCAAAUUCUGUUAGUGGUAUUAAAAAUGAAGACCCCCGAAAACCCUAUAAUCGAUAUAAGAAUAUAAUUUUUAAAAUGAUCGACAAUAUCGCUUAAAAAUGUGUACAAUCCGUCCGUGUUAGCCAUCGCGCUUUUAUGAUAUCGAAUCAAAAAAUAAAAUAAAAUUUAUAACUAUAGGUUAGAUUAGUUUUUAAUGAUUUGAAUUAUUUAUUAUUAUAUAAGUGAUACAAAAUUGCUUAUACGGAUUUGAUUUUUUCGUAUUUGAGUACUUACGUCAAAUAUUAUUGAAAUCGAUAUUAUUAGAUUCACGAACCAAAGAUGAACCGGAUUAUUCAACGUUGGACAGUUCGACGUCCAGAAGGUCGACGUCCAGAUUAUCGACUCCGGGAAAGUCCACUUCGGGCCGGUCCACGUCGGGUAGAUCCACGCCGGGCAGAUCCACGCCGGGCAGAUCUACGCCGGGCAGAUCCACGCCGGGCAGAUCCACUCCGGACAGAUCGAUGUCACCGGAAGCCCCACCCGUUCCACCGGCCACCUAUCACUGGGAAGAGGUCAGAAGAAAGCGGUCGGUAGGAGGAUAUCCGUGGACCCACCUCAACAAGCCGCCGUUCGACGAAAAGACUUUUGUCAAGCAUGAAAGGCAAGUACACCGUCAAUCUUGCUGUCGACCCGUUAAAGUACGUUUGAUGCUUGGUUUUAGUUUUUUUUAAAUUAAAUUCGUUACAGAUUAUUGUUUCUUUUUAUUCGGUUUUCCGAAAUAAAUCUUUUUCAAAAUGUCACGACACGGUGAUCACAUGACGAAACUUGAAAGUGGGCCUUCUUUGUAUGAUUUAUGCUUUGUAUACCGUUUACGUGGUUAUUUUAUACAUAUCAAAUACCUAUGGCAAUUAUUUUAAUUUUGUUCGCUUUCGUAUAUUUCUUUCUUUAAUUUAAAGUUGGUCAAAAUUAUAUGAUUUAUGUACUAAAGAGAUUUUAGUAAAAACUGAUUUAAACGAGCACUUUAUGCAAUUUUCAAAUUUUUAUAAUGAUGACACAGCGGACCAUUUUACUCUUUUUAUCCGUGGCCCUUAGGUCAUGCUUGGAAAAAUGCAGUCACUCCUUGCAGUUUUGCAUAGAAUUAAUCGCAAAUGAAAUCGAGAGAACUAAAACAUUAAUAAUUUAAAAUAAAACUAAAAAUUAUUUUUUUUGUAUUUUUAGAGUUGAUAGGUUUUUAAUCGCCUCUAAUAAUAUGUUAGUUUCGAACUCGACACACCCGCAGAUAACUUUAUGAAAAACGAAAAUUACAAACUUUUAACAGGACAUCGAGUAUACAAUAAAUUCGAUCACGAAUCAGUGUGCACACGGUUCGCAUUAUUGUAAAUUUGUUUGGUUUUUUGUAUAAAAACAAAACGUUAUUUUUAAAUUUGGUCGCGCAUGUAUAUUAUUCAGUGACGGAGGUUUUAUUUCCGUUUCUCUCCCCCCCCCCUCGUGCCCAAUAAUCGGAAGUUAUUUUUCCGUUGUCACUUCCAUGUUCAAUAAAUUAUUAUAGGAGACGUGUGUUUUAAUAAUAAAUUUGUCCGCAAUAUACAAACUCAUCGAUCGCGCCAAUCGAAUAUCGCAGUAAUCGCUUGCGCGUAACAAGCCGAUAGACGUUAAUUUAAUAAUAGAAUUUCAGCAUUUAAAAGAUCGGGUGCAACGACACCCGAUUGUGUGCACCGUUCAUACUUACCUGCAGCGCUUUGCUGCCGCGGUUUUUUUUUUUUUAACGGCUUUAUAAAACGACAAUAAUCUCGCGGCUAUUGGCCGGAAGGUUAUAUAAUCUAAAAAAAAUAUAUUAAAGCGCGCUCGUCGCAGCGGUCGGAACGAGCAAGUGAAAAAUACGAAAGAGAAAAAAAAAAAGCAAAGCGAUAGCGCACGUCUAAAUAUUCCGAAUAUUCCCGACGGCCAAAACACAUUUUGGCAACUGUUAUGAAAAUUUCUUCGAUUUUUCCACCGCCGUUCGAAUAAUCGAGCUCGAUUGUGCGCGCGCGGCGCGUGGCGACGUCUCGAAACCGGGGAAUGUCAUCAGUCGAAACCGCACUCGAUGGUAGCCCGGAAGUCAUUUGCGGACGCGCGUCUUCUGACUUAGCAUUAUAACCGACCUGAGAACCCGCGUUAACUGUCGUCGCCGGCCGGCACGUUAAAUAAAAACACAUUUCCUCGUCCGGAGAAAUGCGAACAACCGCAUUGUUGGAUUUCGGAAAAAAACCGUAACCGACACGCGAAAUUAUAAUAGGACGCGUCAACGCAGAAAUGGGGUGAGUAACUACAAAAAAAAAUAAAAAAAAAAUACGCGUGACAAAAAGAUACAAAUUCUAACUCAUGCGGGCUUACGUAUAAUUGACAAACGUUUUAAUAUGCAUAGCGAUUAAUAAAAACAUAUCGCAUCGAUAUCGAUUAUUCGGAUUAUUGAAAUCUCACCGUUAUUUUUUUAAUUUUAUUCUGAUUUUAGCGCUGGUGUUUUUGUUUUCAAUUUUUUAUUCGACCUAUUAUUAUUAUCGUCAGGUAAAUUACGGAUAGUAAUGGUUCAGUGCAUACGCUUAUAACGCAGAUAAACAAUUAAUAAUAUCGUACCUAUAAUAAUACUCAUCGCGCAUCGAUAAACAGCGCGUGACGUGAAUAAUAUUAUUACGUUUUCUACGUUUUAUAAUAUAAAACGUAUCCGUCAGCUAUUGUCGCGAACGGAUAUGAGAACGAAAAAGAUCUUUGGAACUGCAGUGUAAUAUUAUAAAUCGACUGCUGGUGUGUGUGUAUGUGUGUGUAGGUACAACAAGCCGGAUCCAAACCGCCGCUGCGGUUGUAUACGUCUACUUUUAGCUCCGGCCCGACCGACGGACGCCUAAAAAUAAAUUUUCGCUCUCUCACGCGAGGAUUCUUGGCAUGUCGGAAUCUCCGUGUCUCCGCUGUCGCCAAAUAAUAAAUAAAUUUAACCCUUCUGUUGUUACGGUCGUUUUUUUUUUUUUCCGGUACGCUCCGUCCGGACGCCACGGUCCGUCAUCGUGAACCCGUUCCAAAAUUUACUAUUCACAUUACCAUCGUUCUGAUAUACCGUUCAGUUACAAAUUUACAAUGUUUCAGGGAUCACGUGUACGAGCCCGUCACGCCGGCCGCAAGUACCGACCGGAUAUCGUCGCCAGCCAAACAUCCAAAAAAAACGUCCAAAGACGAGAGCCGUCUCGUCAUACGCAUACCGCUGACGGAGGAACUCGUGAUGGCCGACGACACGGGCUCGGAACCGGAGGCCGAGGAAAAGAGGCUUUCCGAAGAAGACGAAGAGGACGAGGACGAGGAUGACGAUGGUAUAAAACAUGCAAAGCAAGUCACUACCGACGAAUCGAUUUACGAGGGUGAAAACGAAAAUUCGUCCGUCGGCGAACCGAUAGAUACGGGUAACGGCGCAACGACGCGCAUUAAGUUGUUCCAGCAAAAGGUCAAAGUGAAGGCGGACACGCUGCGCACCAAGUUACAAGGGGUGACUAAACGAAAGCCUAAACAAAAAAUCGUGGUUGACGGCGAGAACGGCGAAAAGAGCCGCCGUAAAUUCGGUCAGUUUGCGACACUGCCGAAAAAGUUCACGUUCAACGCGCCAAAGGUGAACUUUUCGAAAGCCUUCAACCGCAAUAUUUCGCGAAACUCGCCGGCCACGGACGCCGACCAGUCUGGGGGCAGUACCGCUGAUGAAACGAAAACCGGCCGAUUCUCGCUGCCGCGUUUCGGGUUCUCAAAGACUUCGUCCGAAUCGCCGAAACCUUCGAAAUCGGCGAAAAUCGGCGCGUCUCGGCUAUCCAUACCGAGUUUACGAUCACGCACGUGGUCCGACGCGUCUAAGAUAUCGAAACCGGAUAGCCCGAAGACUAAGUUCAUGGACUUUGGCACGUACCCGAGAAUAUUCUCCAAACGCGGCAAAACGGCUGAAUCAGCGAACAAAUCGAAAACGCCUCCACCUCCUCAGCCGCCGACAACGAUGACGUCCAAGGUGAGCGACUCACCAAAACCACAAAACAAGUCGAGGGGGAAUUCUUUUCGCCGGCGGUUCUUCCGGUCACACACUAAGGAGUCGACGCCGGCGCCGACGGAGGAGCAGACGGCUACGCUGGCCGUUGAAGAGGAACUAGACGAGUCGCACGUGUCUAAAGAGUCGCUGGCCGAGUUUGGGGACAGCGACCUGCAAGAGGUGAUAUCGUUGAGCGACGACUGUCGGUCAAAGGACUACACAAAAAGCGUGUCCGAGUAUAGGGCGGCGGGCGUGAUCGAGGAAAUCGACUCGGACGAGUUCUUUUUGCGCGAAAAGGGCCUGAGCCGCGGUGAUGUGCACAUCAGUAAUUACCUGUCAUCGGAGAUCAGAGACGUGUUCCGAUCGAACAGAACGCGGUCGGUGGAAGGCGAAAACAACGAUGAUAAUAGUGACAACCGCGGUAACGGUAUCAGUACGCCGGUGAGACCGUCGCGGACCAAUUCGCUGAGAAGACCUGGCCGCGCUCAGAGCGCGACUGACAGUGCACCUCUCGCGGACCGGUUCAGCACGAUGCCGAAAUCAUUUGGAGGCAGCAGGCCGAAACCGGAACUCGACGCGCCGCUGGAAAACAUUAUUACCAGCCAGACUUUCGAACCGGCGAGCAGUGGAGCCACGCUGCCGUCCACGUUCAGGGCGCCCUGGAGAACGGCCCAAAAAGAUAAUAACGUGGUCACGCACAUGCCGCCCAAACCGCCGAGCAGGCUGCGGAUGUCCAAGUUUUCCACGUUCGACACACGGUCAAUGAUUGAUUUGUCAAGGAAGAGGAGCCAGUCACAGAGCGUAAGUGUAUAUUACAAUAUUAGUACUAUAGCUGCCCGAUCUUCCUCCGGGAGACCAAUUUUAAAGGUUCCAUAUUUUUAAAUCUCUAAAUGAGUUUUUUAAAUUUAAUUUUCUCAUUAGUUACCUACUAUAACGAAAAUUAUAAAUAUGAAAAAAAAAAAACAAAAAGUUACCGAUACAAACGUUUAGUUUUCUUUAUGGCAUCAAACCGGUUACGAAAACCGUAAAAGAUCGAAAUUGGUUGAACCGGUUUAAUGGUUUUUGAUGCGUGUUUCGCAUUUCACUCGAUCGACGAUUACUGCAAGUUUCUAACCUAAACAUAACCGAGUAAAGAUAAAACGUUCAUCAAGGAUCAUCGAUAGUUUUAUAGGGAAUGGGCCACUUUAAUGAUUAUUACUAUUUAUUUUAUUUCGUAAGCCUCAUAAGUAGGAAAUUAACAAAUAUUUUUUAUAAAAAAAAAAAAAAUUUGUUUUAAUUAUUAUAUUUUAAACAUUUUGUUAGCGAUAAUCUUCUUAUUUAAUAUAAGUUGUACGUGAUAAAACUGACUUUGUCAGAAAUAAAAAAAAAAAAAAAAAUGUUUUAAACAUCUAUUAUACAUAAAAUCUGUUCACGGUCGUUCUCCAACGUUAAAAAUAUGAUUUUUAUUACGCGGCAUAAAAUUUUGCAAGAGCCAUUUAUUUCGAUUUUGCUGACUCUCCGUGCAUCAUUCUCUGACUUUUGAUUCUAAUCUCAAGCCAAUUCUAUUUAGUAAUCUCUUCUCUGGGAUCAAAAAUGAUGACAUUAUUUUAAUUUCUUAAUCACGUGAACAUUAUUUUUUUCAUAUCCGCACAGGGUUUCCUGCCGACGAUGAACUUUUCGGAGACCGUGCCGAAGGCGCCGUUGCGCCGGUCCAGGACUUCGUUGGCCGGUUCCGACCGGGACGUUUCUUUGACUUCAGAUGGCCGACCGUCGUGGCUUACAGGUACAGGUGGCAGUGGCGGUGACGGAAUACCAAAAGCACCGUUGCGCCGGUCCAGAACUUCGUUGGCCGGUUCCGACCGGGACGUUUCUUUGCACGCUUCGGAAAGCCGACCGUCAUGGACGACCGGCGGCAGCGGAAUUCCAUCGCCACCGUUGCGCCGGUCACGAAUGUCGUUGACGACGGACGCGGAUGUUGAGGAACGAUCACGGUCUACGGCACCCAGUACAACGGCGGUGACGGCGACGACAAGAGUGACGCCACCUCGACCGCCACCGCCGUCUGUGACGCCCGGCUACGCGACGGUGGACAAGUCCUCGUCGUCCGCCUCAUUACUGAUGCCGCCACAAUCACCCGUCCGACAUCGGCGCAAAAAGUCUUACGACGUGAUUAAGAGCCAAGAAUUCGGCGCUUUUUUCACCAUACCCAGGUCGUAUUGCUACAAUAGGAAACAAUUGUCUGACGAAGGGGAAUCGGCGGUGCCAACCGCAGGAAAACUUCCACCACCAUCCAGACCAGCGCGUGCCUACAACACCCUGGGCCCGUCAAGGCCGCACCGGCGCCGGUUGCCCAUCCGCGAACACGAAUACGGCGACUUGGCCGAGGACGUAGGCUCGGGCUCGUCAACACCGCCGUCCCGAUCAGCCGAAAUCGCUGCACGACAUGCGUAUGAUGACGAGGAAGACGGUGAUGUCGAAAUUAAACGACAUCCGUUGACCGCCACACAGUCCUCGUCUCCGGACGAGGUCGGCGGUACGACCGCCACUAAGGUGCUAUACUCGGGUGACGUAAUCGAAAAGAUGAAACUUCGACCGCUACCGUCACCGCCUCCGCCACCUCGCAAGUCCAAGCCACUCAACUGUGAAUCUCCCGAUCUACUACAGCACCGCCGCCGGAACACCGACUCCGCCCUGGUUCCUUUUUUAGAUCGGCGAGAGACAUCUGUAACGUCAUCUAAUAACGAUGAAUUCUUUGCCGAUGUUUCUCGUGCACUUCUGGCGUCUGCCGCAAAAACUACUAACGUCAACGUUGACGACGUGUCCGUUGGUGUCCAGACCGAUCCGUUGCCGGACGGUUUUGAAAUAGACGACGUUGGUUCGUGCUGUUCGACCGGGUCGGCAAGACCGGAAUCCAGGGCGUCGUCGACCGCCGCUGCUGACCAGCCCGCUUCUAGGGCGGCUCUAUCGGCGGCCGACCGACCGACGUCACGGAUGUCGACGGGCACCGAAUACGCGGACCGCCCAACAUCCAGAAAUUCGGCGGCAACCUUGGAAAACGGUUACGCCGUGAUGCCUGCUGACAUGAUGGCUGCCGGUGGCCCGGUCAUGUGCGCACAACGGAUCAGCGUCAACGAACUCCGGGUAGGCAAAAUUAUCGUGGCCGACGCUCGGGGCCAACGAAUGCUGGGCGUCGACGACGACGAGCAGCAAUCCGUCCAGAAGGCGGCUCUGCAAUUACGAGCUGCUUGCGAUUCAGCACUGCAGCCACAGUUGCAGGAUGACAACGCGUCGGUGCAGUCUUCACGCGUGUCUUCCAUGUACCCGGAAGUAGACUCAGAUGAGGACCGGGCCAGCGUGUUGGCCGCCCCCACGCCUCCGCGGCGACGCAGCAGACCCCCCGCGAGUGACCAACGGGCGGCACGUACGUCGUCCCGAUCCGAGGACGCCGUAGCAACAGCAGCGGCGGCCGCAGCCGCCGUGGACCUGUCCGCCGCCGCAGCCGACCCGUCCAUCACCGAACUCAGUUGCCAGUUGUUCCGGUUGUGUCAUUCGAACGUGUGCAGUCUGUUCAACAAAGUGGUCCAACAAGUGGUGCCGGAGGACACGGAGAAACGGCGCGACUUGCAGGCCGCCCUGUGCUUUCUGAGCAUCAUACUCGCAGGCCUGCUCAUUUUGGGUUUCGGCAACGAGAAGACCAUACAUCACCAUCACUGGGACUUUCAGUUUCCACCCGCCAAUCAGUAGCUCGACUCUCCGUAUAAUAAUAAUAUUAUAAAAUAAUUGUUAUUGUCUCUCUAUUACCGAAUUUUAUUUAUUUUAUUGCAUUUCUAUAUUUUUAAUUAAUCGUUUUAGUCGAGAGAAAUGCGUUCGUCGGGGUCAACAAAAUACCACAAAUUAUGUUUUACCGUUUUCGUUAUCCAGAAUUUAUUAAAUAAUAAGUUUUAUCAUACUAUUUCUUGUCAGUUGUCAUCAUUAUUUUAUAGUGUUUCUUCUACAGCCAUUGGCCGCGAACAUAAGAUUAAUAAUUUCAAAUUUCAAAUUAUAUUUUUACAGGGUUGAAUUUGAACUAUCGCUGUUCUCGACGCUCAACGUGUAGAUUCUCUAGGUUACGUUAAGUUAGAACGCGACAAUAUUACUGUUAUUGGGUACACUUAUAACAUUUAAGAAUUUUAGUAGUUGGCGUAUACAUACCGGACGUUAAACAGUUUGUCGGCGCCUCUAUUUUAGCAUUUAAUAUAUAUAUAUAUAUUAAUAAAAUUAAAAAAAAAGAAAAAAAUAUAAGCAGUAAUACAAUAUUAAGAUGAUAAUAUUAUAGUCAUAUUUCUAACUAAAUUAUAAAUUAUCUUUAAGUCAUAAUUUGUAUUAUGUUUUUUGCUGAUAAUAAUUUAUUUUACUGACCAUUCAAACGUGUAGGUAAACAUUUGAUUUAAUUACAUAAAAUACAUAUACACAUAUGAUUUACUUGGUUUUGUUUAUUAUUUAGAUUCAGGUUUUUGUAUGCAGUUAUCACCAUUUUUUAUUUACUUUGGUCAUGGACAAAUUGUAUUUUUAGGAAUCAUUGUGAGUCUAAUAGCACAAAUAGCCGAGACUGUUUUAAUAUCAUUAAUUAACAUACAAUAGGAUAUUUCUUAGAUAUACUGUUAAAGUAUUAUAAUUAUUAUACAAACUACAAG